AUGGAAUAUGUAAGACAUGUUAGCAUGUUAGGUCGGUUAUUUAGGCUAUAUGGAAAAAACAAUCCUGUUAAAGCAAAUGCAACCUUGAAUGUCACUCGAGAUGGAGAUUUGAUCUUGGCAGAUGCAGAUGGUAGAAUAGUUUGGUCAACCAGUACUGGUGGCAAGUCUGUUGCAGGCUCAAACUUGACUGGAAUGGGAAAUCGACUACUCUUUGACAGCAAGAGUAGAUCUGUUUGGCAAUCAUUUGAUCACGAAACAGACUCUUUGGUUCUCGGACAGAAGCUUCAUUCCAGUCAGAGGCUGUCUUCUCGAAUAUCAGAUUCAAAUUCAAGUCAAGGCAUAUACUCCCUUGCAGUUGAAAAUGGAACCUUGGUUUCCUAUAAUGAAUGCAGCCCACCACAGGUCUAUUUUUACUCAGACAUGUACGAGGGUUUAAGUGCUGCAACUAUACCUCUUGAUGUUAAGUUUGAGAACGGAAGCUUUGACAAUUACGCGCUUUCACCCGCAGCCCAAGUAAUGAAAUUAGAGUCUGAUGGACAUUUAAGGGUUUAUGCCUCGUCAAAUUGA